GACAAGAUAAACCCACCCUCCCCGAUAACCAACAUCACAUGACCGAUAAGAAACUCUGGUAUCCCCUCCAACCACCAAACAAAACACAUACCAACAAUAACUUCACACUUCCCUCACAACUCAAUCUCCACAGAAGAUACUACUACUCUGCAAUGCCACCUCCACCUCCCUCCAAACCUCCCACCCUCCCAACAAACCACCUCACCUUCGACACCUGGAACUCCUCCUCAACAGGCCACCAAAUCGCCGACCCUGGAUCCUCCCGCGGAAUCACCUCAUGGCGCGAGACUCGACGAGAGAAACUCACGAGACAGUUUGGGGCGGGCAGGGGCGAUUGUACAUAUGACAGUGAUGGGAAGAGUAAAGGGGAGUGGGUUGUGACCCAGAUACCUGCAGAAUUGCAGAAGCAGAAGCAGCAGGGGGAUAUACGGAGUAUGUUUGGAGUGUCGAAACCGAAAUCAACUCCUCCAUCACAAUAUACUAUAUCUAUGAUGUCUAAGAAGGGAUGUGAGAUAUCAUCAUCAUUGAAGAGAGAUGCUACGUCAUUGAAUAAUCAUGAACAGAAGAAGAGGAUAAGAAUUGAUCAUCAAGACGAUAAUGGGAAUAAAAUAACAGACACAAACACAGACACAGAAUCAAUAUCAAGGAGAGAAAAUAACGCAUCUACAUCUACAUCUACAUCUACAUCUACCAUCUUCUCCUCCCUAACCAUCCACAUAAACGGCCAAACAACACCCACCGUCUCAGACCACAAACUCAAACAUCUUCUCAUCUCGCACGGUGCAAAUCUCUCGCUUCAUAUGCAUCGUGGAGUAACGCAUGUUAUUCUGGGGGAACCUAAUACUCCUUCUUCUUCUUCUUCUUCAAUAAAAUCAGGAAUAAAGGCAGCAGGGGCAGGGGGUGGGUUAGCAGCUGGAAAGUUACAAAAGGAGAUACAGAGGGGUGGGUGGAAGGGGGUCAAGUUGGUGAGGGUUCAGUGGGCUAUGGAUAGUAUUGCAGCAGGGAAACGUCUCUCCGAGGCGAAAUAU